AUGCAACAAUCAUUCUCCGAUUCUGAAACAGAAAAAAAAACACCCCCUAACUACGUACAAAUGCGAUAUAAUAAGCGCCAUCGCUCCGAUGACUUUCUGGAAGAAUUAAAAGACUUUAAAGCAGACAUUAAACAAAUGAUUUCUUCAUGGAUGUCUUCAAAUGAAGAGGAACGUGUUCGUCUUCAAAGAGAUAUAAAAGAUAUAAAAAGCAAAAUACAGGAAGUGAAAAACUCCAAUUCAGAGAUUGAGAAAUCUGUUGAACAUUUAUCACAUCAAUUUGAUGGAAUUAUGAGCAAAAUUAGUUCUUUGGAAAUUAAAUGCUCUGAAAAUCGGGCUUUCAUACAGCAGUUAGAACAAAAUAUAGAAUCUCUGCAACGUUCCUCCUUAAAAGCUACCGUAGAGUUUCGUAAUAUUCCUGCAAAAAAAGGAAAAGAAUCCACCAGUGAUCUAAUUUCUAUUGUCACUCGUAUCGGCACUGCCCUUAAUUUAGAAAUUAAUCCUUCCGACGUCCGUGAUAUUUAUCGACUGACAAAUAAAUCUGGUUCCAGUGGUAUUAUUGUAGCUGAAUUUACGUCUGUUCUUCUUAAAAAUGAUGUAUUACAAGCUGCUAGAUCCUUCAACUCAAAACGCUCAAUUGAUGAAAAACUAAAUUCAACGCACAUUGGAAUUGAAGGUAAAAAACAACCAAUUUUUGUAUCUGAACACCUCAAUCUUACCACUAGGAAAAUUUUCGCCCAGGCACGUCAGUUUGCAAAGGACAACCAUUAUAAAUACUGUUGGUCUACGAAUGCGCGCAUAUUUCUCCGCAAAGACGAUUCUUCAAAACAAAUACUUAUAAAGACAGAGAAGUGUUUAAAUGAUUUGAUAAAUUGA